GGGAAAAGCCUGCGAUAUGGAAGGAGAGAGAAUAUUGAAAGAGCUGAGGACAGUGGACCCAUCGUCUGCUAGGAGAGAUGCCGACGCUCUGCAUAAACGAGUCACCGACUAUCUGGUUCCAUUGUUCAACGAAGACAAUCGGCCGUCGUGCGAUGAAGGGACACUCGCAAAGUUGGAAAUCUUCUCACUGAAACAGUUCAAACUCUGCCUCGAGAGAGCAAAAACCUCAGAGAAACUCGCGGAACAGUCGACUUUCUUUGUCGAUCUCUGUCGGCUGGCCGUGACGACUCUUCGGGUGUGUUCCGGAUCCUCUCGUGGCAAAAUACCUCCGCUCAGCUUCGAGAAACUCAUGGUGCAUUUCGUGCAGCUGUGCGCGGCCCGACGAGAGUUUGGCGACGUUUUGAGCACAUGUCGGGCGCUGCGAGAGAGGUUGGAGGGGGAGGAAGAGGGGAAGAAGAAGGAGAACAAUGAAAGAGAUACGCUUUUGAAACACGCGUUUGAUAUAACAUGGAAAGCAGCUCUUGCUGUGGAGCAAAACGCCCAAACGAAACCGGAAAGAAAUUCGGAUGCAAACUCUCAAAACAGCGAUGUCGUUGAAGUUGCGGAGCUGUGCCUCGAGCUGCGCCAAGAGGCCUUUGCCUGUCUGCUAACAGUUCGUGAAACAAAUGCCAGAUUUGCGGUCGAAAGAGUGAUGCGAUCCUCGCAACGCUACCAGCAUAUUGCGGCAGGGAACCCUCAAAACUCAAGAAAUCACUCUGAGCGACUCCUCACGUUCCACACCUCGCUUCUCGCCCGUCGCGACCUCCCCUCCCUCCUCAUCGACUCCCUCUCUCCUUCGGACAUUUUUCUCGGAGUUGAUUACCUCUGUCACCUCUCCCGAGUGGCCAACUCCGCAGGCCACGCCCACAAAGCAGACGACUAUCUCACUAGAGCGAUGACAGCUUCCACCGAUAGUGACAGACAACUGAAAUCGAAAGCCGGUAAUAAAGAUGAAAAACAAAACGGUUUGGAUGCAAAAGGGCUAAAUUCUUUGCUCCUUGCCCUGGUUCAUCUGACCACCGUUCUUACCACUCUCGGGAUGAUGGGUAACAGUGUGGCUAAGGAGGAGGGGGAGAAAUUGUGUGAGAGUGUGCAGCUGGCGGCGAGAUGGAUGGAAGAGGCAGUGGUGGGUUCGUUUUGCGACUCCGUACAACUUCAGAGACUGUGGGAAUCUGUCGAGCAGGUCUUCAAUCUUCUGCGUCAGCGCCGCAUGGCGAUGAGGAAGAGAGGAGGAGGGGAGGGCCCCGGUUCGUUACUGCCGAGAGGGGUUUUCCCCAGCCUCGCCAUGUUAGUGACAUCACAGUCACAGUGGUUGCGAAAGACUUCGUUUGUGGUGGACUGUAUGAGGGAGUCCGGUCACCACGGAGACGUCAUGGAAACGCUGGCUUCGGUGGCGCGAGGGUUGCCGGGCGACGUGCUGUGUGAGGACGAGGAGGUGAUGGUGGGGAUGUGGGUGAGGGGGAAGAGAGAGCUGGCAUCGAGAGAAGCCGACUCACCAAGUCUGGACCAGUGGAGACACAGAACUUUUCUUUCCCUGGUUCCACCGACCGUCCCUCCACUGUCAACCAGAAUGAAGUCACACAUUCUCGCCACAGAGCUCCUCAGACUGACAGGAUCUGCUGGUGUCACGGGGCGAGGAGGGAAACCGACCAAUCAGGACGCCGUCGCCGUGGGCUACGAGCUGAUGGCGGUGUACAGGGAAGGAGGGAGACAGUGGGAUGUGGAAAGAGGGAGAGUGAUGGUUGACAUGGCAACCACAGACAGCUCCCUGCUAGACGAAGCCAUACAGUUGUUGGAGGGUGUGGUUUCAGGCCGAGACCACGCCCACCCACCUUCUCAUCGGCAGAAGGCGCACCUCCAUCUGGCCUCAGCUCUUGUCCUGAAAGCUGUCUCUGUCCUACAGGACAGAAUGAGGUCAUGUGAUGUUGGUGGAGAAUCACAUGAUCAUCAACCUGGUGGAUCUCAUGACAAGGGCUCAGAGUCACAUGACCACGAGGAGUGGGUGUGUCAGGGCGGAGAAACGACUGUAGAGGGAGGAAGAGGAGAGGUUGAAGAUUGUCUCGGUCGUGCGGUGGAAAGGUGGUGUGACUGGGGAGGGGGGGAGGGGGAGAAGGAGGAAGGGGAACUAGAGAGGGUCCUCUAUUUCCUCAGACUGACAGCUGAAUUGUGUCACCUGACCUGUCAGUUUUCCUUGGCUGGACGGUGUCUGUGGGUUUUGGACAAGAUAUGCCACGCCCCCUCAGUUCAGUCACAGCCAGCUGCCUACCGGUACCACGCUCUCUCGGCCUCCUGUCGACUUCAGACUGCGGGAGGAUUUGCUCGUCACGAAUCGUGUCGCGGAGACCUGCAUAGGAGACUGUCUGAGGUGGUGGUGAGGGAGGAGGAGGGAGAGGAGAGAGGGAACGAUUUGACGUCGUCCUACCUCAGCUGUCGUCUGGUGUUGGCAUCUCUUCAUAUUGAGGAAGGCGAGUUUGACGAAUGCAGGAGAGAGCUGGUGAGGCUGUUUCGUGAACCUCUCCUCGCUCGUCACACCCUCACCGCCCACACCCUCACUGCCGGCACCAAACUCACCGCUGCCCGCCUCCUCCUCUCCCGCCACGCCCCUCUCCUCUCGCUGCGACCGUUUCUCUCUCGUCUCCUCGAAGAAGAAGAAAGGACUGUCUCUCGGGAAGGAGAGGGUGAAGGGUGGAAGGUGACAGCUCUAGAACUUGUAUCGGCCGCCGUAAAGACACUCUCUUCUCUCUUCGAUCACCUCACCUCCUCUGGGUCAAAGGGUGAGCAGAGUUCAGUAGGUGAGGAGAUGGUGGUGGAUGUGGGGACUGGACUCGCCCCUCCGUUCGGUACUGGGCAUAGGAAGUUUGUUGCUGUGGCAACGGACAUUCAGAAAACCAGAGGAGACCCGACUGCAGUUCAAACCUCCGUGACCUCUUUCCUCCCUCCACCCUCCCUCCUCUCCCCUCCUCACACCCUCACCGAUGACGUACAAAAGUUUCACUCCACACUCGUCGAGGCCGAAUCCCUAAUCCAAGGAUCUAACCCAUCGCAAGCUCUCACGCUCUGCAAUGAACUAAUCUGGAACUGUUCAAACGAACCUGAUUGUAAUUUGUCCUUGGCCUGGGUCCAUCUGGUGGCUGGUAGGGCUCUACUGGAGGAAGUGGCCUUGUCCAGACCCGUGCUUCUCGAGGAGCUGUGGGGGGAGACUGUUGGUAGCGGGACUCAGAGGAGAAAGAGAGGGAGAGGAGGAGGGAGGGGAGGAGAGAAGAUGGUUGGGUGGCUAUCUCUAGUUCCAGAGCCGUUCCAAGAAGCUCUGCAUCACUUUUGUACAGCUGUUCAGUUGUGUCAUCCUGUUUGCCCACCUCAACCAUUGAGAGAGGUGUACAGGUGGAUGAGUGUAGUUCUCUCUCCUUACCAUCCAUCGCUGGCUGCCCACUGUCUCCUUGCCUCCUCUCACCUCACCCUCGCACAUCGAGCAACUUCCGCUCUCGGGAAAAAGAUUCGCAAUCAGUCUCACAACGCUCCAAACCCCGUCCCAUUUCGGGACAUCCUGAUUACCUUACAGGACGGCCCAGAGGAGUGUCUUGAGAUUACCGACCCCCUGGUUUUG